AUGGCAGAACCCGCAAAGAAAGUGUUAAAAAGUAAUGCCCCAUCAGAUAAUAGUAACGUAGGAGCUUAUGAAGAAGUUUGUUAUGAACAUCAGGAAGUGUUAGAGAAUAUAGAACUAAUCCAAUCUCAAAUUGAGGCUUUAAACGAAAGAGGAGCGGACGAAAUAUUGCAAAUAGAAAUAAAAUACAAUACAAUUAGGGAACCUUAUUACUUAAAAAGGGCGAAACUGAUUGAAAAGAUUCCACAUUUUUGGAUAACUGUCUUGUUAAGCCAUCCUACCAUUGGCUGUCUAAUUAAUGAAAAGGACGAAGAUGUCCUCAGUUACUUGGAAUCGAUCGAUGUUCGGGAAUACGAGGACAUAAAAUCAGGAUAUAGGAUCACUUUUAAAUUUAGCGAAAAUCCUUACUUAGGAAAUAAGUUAAUUCAAAAGGAUGUCAUUAUUAAGUACAAUGAUGAUGGCAAUGUUAUAAGCACAAAAUGUACACGAAUCGAUUGGAAGGAAGGCAUGGAUGUUACCGCUAUUGAAAAUACUGUAACGACAGGCUCAAAGAGGAGACGAGAAGAUCACUAUAAGAGCUUUUUCUCUUGGUUUUCAAGUCAGGAUCACGUAUUAAACGGUGAUGACAUUGGUGAUGUUAUCAAAGAUGACAUCUUUCCUAAUCCACUUCAGUAUUAUAUAAAUACUGCGGAAGCUGAAAUUGAGGAUGAUGAAGAUGUAGUUGUUGUAGAUGAUGAGUCUGAAGAUACAGAGUUUCAAGAUUCCGUUGAUGAAAAUAAUAGACGUGACGUCUUUAAUGACCAAGACGUAGAAGAAAGUAACCUUGAGCAAAUAAUAGAAAAGGAGAAAGAGAAAAUAUCGGAUGAUAGCAGCGAAGAAAAUUUAGAAGACGAUGAUUUUGAAAGUGAAGGUGAGUAUGACGAGGAGGUUUUAGAGGACGAAGAUGAGGGAUAA